CCUGGAAGAAAGGGCAUCUGGGGACCGAAGUCUCACCGUGCAGAUGACGACCCCGCCACGGUAGGAAAAGUGACACGCAAACAGUUUAGCAACAUUCAACAUCCUCGUGCGUGGAACUACUAUCGCAACUGCUAUUGUGUUAUUUUCAUCUUUAUGCGCCGAUGUCUUCUUCUAAGAAGAGCCUGACUCCGGUUCACUUCUUUUCACAUGGAUCCACCAUGAUGCUCGGCGAAGAGUGUGACUCUGCGACAUACUGGAAGAAGUGUGGCGAUGAAGCUCUUGCUCACGGUAUUAAAGGAGUGAUUAUCAUGGGGGCUCACUGGGACGCGAAUGGCGACAAAAUCCGGGUGGCAACGAAUCCCAAACCCGACAAGAGCCCCGUCGCAUACGUUCAUCCUUCCAAGUACGCGGAUUACAAGCUCAACCCCGAUCUACCCACGGCAAAACGCUGUAUCCAGGCGCUUGAAGCCGAAGGAUUCAAAGUGGAAGCGGAUCCGUCAUUCAACUGGAUUCAUGACACCUAUCUCAUCCUGAUCAGGAUGUUUCCUGGAGGUUGCCCGCCGACCACGAUCAUCUCCAUGAACGCACGCUUCGAUCCUCAUUACCACGUGAAGGUCGGGGCCACCCUACGGCCAUUCCGACAGGAAAACUACCUGCUCAUUGGAUCCGGUGGCGCCGUCCACAACUUAUAUCGCAACAAAUGGGGUCCCAUGCUCACCUAUCGGGACAAUUUUGCGCAGGAGACGCCUCCAGAAGCGUGGGCAAUGGAGUUCCGACAAGCUGUGGAGGAUGUUAUCACUAGCAACAGCGGACCCAAGUUGAGACGGGGGAUGACCAGGUUGAUGAAGCAUCCGCUUUAUCGGGACGCACAUGCCACUGACGAUCAUUUCAUGAGUGCAAUGUUCGUGGCAGGUGCGGCUGGUGACGUUGAGGAUGAAGGUACUUAUGGCAAGAUGUGGGCAGAGGACUGGGAACUGACUAAUAUGUGCAACUCGCAAUAUACAUUUGGAACUUGGGUAACUGCAUGAUUGGUCGUCAAGCUAUGGAUGACAUUCACGCCCAAGUUGAGGGUUGUAUACGUAUUCUAUGACGAGGGUCGAUCCCUAGGAAGGCAAGGUUGUCCUCGUAUAAGAAUUCACGUGGCCUAUAUCAAUGGUUUUGAGUGUUCAUAACAUGAAACGAAGUAGAUUGAUGAGUUCCAUCUCACCGCUACCCAUAUAAUGCCAUCUUCCCGUAAA